GAUAUUUGGCGAAGUUUUUAUCAAUGUUAAGGGACUUGAAAGCCUUCCGGCUCUCUUACCGACCAUAGUAUUGCAAAAUUCUGGCACCUUCUCAAUAUAGGAAAAUAAAUUUGAGAAACGAUGGUCUCACUUAAGUACGCUGAAAUUCGGAUCGAGAGAUUUUGUGGCUGGGGUCAAACUCCUGUUCUGUUUUUGGGCAGGGCAAUAUCUUCCUUCUGCGUGCAAAUGGACUCUAGACGCAGCAGUUGAGCAGGAGGGGAGGGGGGUAGGGGAAGGCAGAAACUUGUGAUGGACAAACCAAUAUCUUAGAAGAGUAGCAAGAAACUAGCUUUAGCUUAAGCGAGGCUCUAAAACUUACUAUUCCUGCCAGUCCAUCCCUAAAAAAAUUAUGUUUGAUUGUUGCAGUCAACAUAUCCGUUUCUUUCUAUUUUUAAGUACGUUAGUUUAAAAUGCGUUAUUAGCACCGAGCGAACAUCAAAAAAACGUCUGCCAAAGUAUAUUUUGCCACCCACCUAGGUUUUUUUAUUAUUAUUAUUAUUGUUUGGCUCUCCAAAAUUAGUACGUAUGAUUAAAAGGAUCUCCAGACUUCAAAUUACCAACUGCUGUUUUUUGUUACUUGAUUAAGGAGCGUGGGGCGAUUUUAAAGAGCCUCCAGCUGCUGAGAUUGUAAUGAUAAAACUUUUGGAGAAAACUGUUUUCCGAUUAAUCGAGUGCAUUGUUGCUUUUGACAAUUUAACAUUUCUUGCCGCCACGAAAUGUGAUAAAUUUUUAGGUAUAAAUAAAUGGGCCAGUUGACUGGGCGUAGUUAAAUGAUAUGGGACUUGUUUAGUAAAAAGCGACGCCAAACAGAUAAAGAUGGUACAGGUCACCUCUUUUCAGGAUUAAGCGAGCUAACAUGGAGCCAAACUUGACUACAAAUGACACACAGUACGAAGCGUUGCAAGAGGGGCGACCGUGCUUCAUCUCUGAAUUUCCACGUUCUGUCCAAUCCCAAUUUAGUCAUUAUUCUAGCUUGGUGCUUACCCCUGCCACAACCAUAUUAGGUCUGUGGUGUUUCCUGUCAAACGGGUUGGUCCUGGUCACAAUUCUGAGGGGUGGACUUCGAUUCCGCCCGGGGUUUCUGUAUCUUUGCAGCUUGACGUUGACUGACGUUCUGUGGGGUGGGGUAGUAACACCGUUGUACAUUAGAUUCAGAAUCGAGGAGCUGAUCGCCGGUGAAGCGUGUUUCAAUCGCAGUGAUUGGGACUCGCCUGUUAUGGUGGUUUCUUUCUUUUUAUGCCUGUUUGCUAUGGUGGGAACCCUUGGAGUCAUGAGUGUGGAUAGAUACUUAGCCGUCAUUAAACCAUGGUGGUACAAAGCUGCCAUGAAGAUGCAGUACGCCAUUACUGCUUCUUUUGCGGUGUGGGUGACGUCCAUUUUUUUAGUUGUUCUGAGGCAGGUAAAGUUGUUUCCUAGGAGGGUUGUUGAGACAUUUGAAGGCGGAUACGUCAUUUGCUUCUCCACGAUUGUAAUUGCCAUCCAGUUGUGUACUCUGGCUGCUCUCCGCAAGCACAACAAUGCCGUUGCACAGAAAAUGGAAGAAAGCUCUCGGGUGAAUCCAAAUUUAGCUUCUCAAGAAAUCGAACGGCAGUUGGCGGCGACUACUCGUCACGUGGUUAGUCUUCUGGGGUUAUGCAUCAUACCUAUUGCCAUUUUAGUGGGUUUAUCAAACGUACUUCAAAGGGAAUUCGUUCUAUUUGUAGAGCCCUUUUACUUUCCAGUGGCAAGUCUUUGUUCGAGUAUGAAUCCUGUGCUGUACUACAAAGGAAAUUCAGUCAUAAGAGAGGGAAUCAAAAAACUCGUUAAUUGUCACAGUCUUAAGUGUUUUGAUUCGCAGAACGAGUAAUAAGUAAACCUUGACAUUCUUCUCUCAAAUAAUUGGUUUCGAAUGUUUGAAACAUUCGUUUGUUAUUUCUUCGAACGUUUUCUAACGCAACUCGCUAAAUAUCCCGGCGUAUUAUAGGUUGAACUGUCGGAUAUGGAGUUCAUAUUCACUGAGCCUGAUGUGAAUGAUUGUCUUUGUAUAAUUGCACAAAAACUUUUGCGGGAUUCUUUGACAAACCCGUUUAUGUUAAAACUAUGUGUAAAUAAAGAAGGCAGUGUGCAUAUAUCUUACAAAAUUUUUGAUCACUCGUAUCGAGAUAAACAACCAGUUUCCAUAAUCAAUCUAAUCAGCAAAAACUUCUUAUCUUACUUUUGAAAAGUGUUCCACAAAACCUGUUGGAUUCUGUGCUCUUCGAAAUUGAAUUUCUUCUAUCGUGUUUAUCACUUCCUCGGUAAUUUUGACAAAAUGCAAAGCAGCUAUUUUAUCACCCCUACUAUAAUCACCUCACGAGAUAUAAUGCAAACCGCGACUAAUCACAGCGCGAGAAUCUAUUUUAUCCACCGCAUGGAACCUGGAAGCGAUUGAUUGAAAUUAGAACAUGCACGACUCCUUAAUGCCGCGUUCGUCGGCGCAUGUACUUAAGUUUGCUGACAUAUAUCUGCCUUAGCUUCUCAUUGGCUCUUUGGUUUCUAGAUUUGUUCUAAAUUGCCGUUUAAAUUAUUUUGGUUUAAGUUUAACGACACUUCAACAUACUGUACAGCUAAACAGGGCAAUAACUUUACCAAAAGUUACCGUCAAAUGAGAGCUUUAUUAGAUGUUAGAAAAUGUAAAAACAAUGUAAUAAAUUACCGUAAAUAAUGCUAUCUAAAUAAAGAAAAACUUUCACUUCGAUUUCAAUAUUUAACUUGACUUUCUUUCAUAUAACAUAACAAAUACUAGCGACUAGUCAUGUGACGUUCU